UCUCUCCGGCAGAAACAGGAAAUGCCGUAACUAUGAAACUUUCUCUCCAUCUCGGGCCGUCACAGCUCACCCUGCUCUUCCUCGCCCUCCUCUGCCCCGUCCCACCCACAGUCACAUCCUACCCCCACCUCCCCCCCGCCCUCCAGCCCACGGGGGAUGGAGCUCAGCUGGAGUCCAACCUGCUGCAACUCCAGGCUGCUCUGGAUGACCCGAGGGCCGAGUGGCUCUUCCGGCCUGAGACCUGGGCCGAGUGGCCUCAAGACUCCAGGGAAGCUCUGCUGAAGCACAGGGAGGAGGGGGAGGGGAAGGAGGGGGGGGAGGGCCGCUCCUGGGAGGAAGAAGCACUGCGGAGGGCCCAGAGAGGAGACCUGUUAGACCGGUUGCUGUCACCCUUCCCCGGGGGUCACUCUCUGGAGAGCAUGAACUAUCAGGAGGGAGGUGAAGCGGAGGAUGGAGGCAAGAGGAACGAAGCUCUGACCUCCAUCGCUGGAGGUCUGCAGGCCGUGAGCCGCGAAAAAGGAGGAUUUGGAUUCCGCUUUGGGAGGAAAAGAUGGACUGACAGGGGAUGGAUGGAUUAAGGGAUGGGAGAAUAGUGGAACUGAUGAGGGAAGGAAAGGGCAGAUAAUUCAGUAAAGGGACUUCUGUGGAUAGAUAGGAGGGUGGUGAUACACUCAGCAACAAAGAUGGCCUCCAGCAACAUGAGUCCAAAGUGUAUUUACAUUUUUCAUGGCUCCAAAUUGUUGAUGGAAAGGAUGCCCAGUGGGUCACUGCCUUAAAAAAUAAGCGAGUUGCAGGUUGCACUUAAGUUAAAGAAAUAUUCAAGACAUGGAUUUGUAUUAUCGCCUCCAUAAUCACCCUUAAAACACAAAAUAUAAAUGCAUGAAUAUACUGUAUAUGGUUGUAUAUGGAUUCAACAAAAUUGCCUCUACAAAAUUGGAAUAUGGCAAUGUAAAAUGUUCUCCAGGAGUUUUCUUCUUCUUUGUUUGCCAUAAAGGAGGCCGUGAGAGACUUCUUCUAUUGUGACCGGAUGUACAGAAAGACAGAAAGAGAACUCGGCAGAACGUGAUAAAACUUACCUGCAAAAGUGAAUGUAAUUGUAUUUCUGUCAAACCAAAGUCUUAACAGAAUAAUAAUACUUGUACAUAGAUAUAUCUAUAGCUGACAAGAAGGAUGCCUUGUGUGUUAAUUUGACGGCAAUGAAUAAAGAGUUAAAUGUAAAAAAGCAAUGGGAUUUUUCCAUUGGAUUUUGGUUUAAUGCAGAG